AUGUCCCAGGGCCUCGAGCAGCGGCAGCAGCAGGGGGAUGGCGGCGAGAGCCCCCCGGCGCCUCCACCCUCAUCAUCAUCAUGGCCGGGGGGGUCCUGCUCCCCGCGGGAGACUCUGUUCCGGCAGGGGGCUGGGACCACCUUCCGCAUCCCGGCGCUGCUCUACCUUCCCCCGGCCGACGCCUUCCUGGCCUUCGCCGAGCGCCGCAGCUCGCCCCGGGACCAGGACGCCAAGCACUUGGUGCUGCGCCGGGGACAGAGGCAGGGCCCCGGGGUUCAGUGGGGCCCGGUGCAGGAGCUGUCGGCGCUGGUGCUGCCCGGGCACCGCACCAUGAACCCCUGCCCCCUCUACGACGCCAGGACCGGCACGGUCUUCCUCUUCUGCAUCUGCGUGGAGGGCGGCAAGACGGAGGGCUGGCAGCUGCGGAGGAGCCGCAGCGCCGCUCGGCUCUGCUGCUCCACCAGCCCCGACCUGGGCGUCAGCUGGGCGCCGCUGCGGGACCUCACCGGGCAGGCGCUGGGCGCAGCCCUGCCCCGCUGGGCCACCUUCGCCGUGGGCCCCGGGCACGGCCUGCAGCUGGCGUCGGGGCGCCUGGUGGUGCCAGCCUAUGCCUACUACGUGCGCUGGAGGCUGUGCGGGGCCCUGCCCGUGCCCUGCUCCGCCCGCCAGCACUCCCUGGUCAUUUACAGCGACGACGGCGGGCGCAGCUGGCGGCGGGGGGCGCUGCUGAGCGGUGCCAGCCCGACCGGGGAGUGCCAGGUGGCGGAGCUGGGCGCGGGGGACCGGCCCCUGCUGUACUGCAGCGCCCGGGCCUCCCGGGGCUGCCGGGCCGUAGCCCUCAGCGCCGACGGAGGGGAGAAGUUUGGGCACCCCAGGCCGUGCCCAGCGCUGGGCGAACCCCCCCGGGGGUGCCAGGGGAGCGUGGUCAGCUUCCCCGCCCCUGGCAGCUGCGGGCGCGGAGCCGGCAGGUGGUUGCUCUACUCCCAUCCCACCGACCGGCGGCGCCGCCGCGACUUGGGCAUCUACCUCAACCGCUCCCCCUUGGAUGGCGAGGGCUGGGGGCAGCCCUGGGUGCUGCAGGAGGGCCCUGCCGGCUACUCGGACCUUGCCAGCUGCCCGGGAGGGGUCUUUGGGUGCCUGUUUGAGCGUGGCACCAGCAGCUCCUGCGAGGAGAUCGCCUUCUGCCUCUUCAGCCUGGGCACCUCCACCCACGGCCGGCAGGACCCCAAAGCCUCCUCACCCUGAGCUGGUUUUGGGUGGGGGGAGGGUACCCACGGCCAGCAGGACCCCAAAGCCUCCUCACCCUGAGCUGGUUUUGGGUGGGGGGAGGGUACCCACGGCCAGCAGGACCCCAAAGCCUCCUCACACUGAGCUGGUUUUGGGUGG